GUGUGGGGAAAAAGAGGAGGAGAAGUGCACGAUCCGCUAUUUUGGGGGACCAUUUUUACCAUUUCCUCCCCUAUUUUCUCUUCCUUUUUCAAAACCUCACCCCAUCCCUCUCUCUCUCAACGAGAAUUCCAUUUUUCUGCAUUCACUUCAAUCAGAGAUUAGAUCAAGGCUAACUGGCCAACAGCCUUUGAGAUGCAGAACCCCUGGUGCACGGAAAUGUUAUGUUGCUUUAGUUUGUGAACACCUGGUUAGGAGUGUUCUAAGAUCCUUGAGUCAGAAUCCAGACUUACUUGAAGGGAAAUAUUUUUCUUCAAACAAUGUCCUAUACUGGUAUUUGGUCUGGGAACUUUCAUCAGUUAAGAAACACACUUGGAGGAAAUCAUGGUUUUAGGCUGCUCCGACUUGGAACCUGUGGGGCUUUCGGAAGAGAACUCGAGAUGGGCAUAUGGAAGCCGCGUCUUGUAACGACAAAAGUAGAAGCCGCAAGGAAUCCAAAGCAGGAGAGCAGCAAACCAUGCAAGAUCAAGCUGGACAUCUUGGAUGGAACGGUUGGACGAACAACGAAAUCAAAGGGCAAAAAGUCAGAGCUGACUGAAUUCAAAAGCAUUCAACACUGUGAUGUGCAACAGAAGAUUGCUGAUGGCAGAGACUUAGGGCAGCUUGUGACAGUUUUUGUUUUCGAUAUUGAAACAACUGGGUUCAGUGUACGUAACGAUAGAAUUAUUGAGUUUGCACUUCAGGAUCUUUCUGGGGGGAAGAACAGCACGUUCCAGACUCUAGUCAAUCCUGAACUGUAUGUGCCGAAUGCACAUGUUCAUGGCAUAAGUACUCAUAUGGUCAACAGGCCUGAUGUUCCAAGGUGGAAGGACCUUGUUCCAAUCUUAAAGAAUUAUGUAAGAAGUCGCCAGAAAGCUGGGGGGCCAGUCAUGUGGGUCGCCCACAAUGGACGCCGUUUUGAUGCACCCUUUAUCAUCAAGGAAUUCAGUCGUUGUUCCGUGGAUUUACCUUCAGAUUGGCGGUUUCUGGACACCCUUCCUCUUGCAAGGUUAUUGGUAAAGCCAGAUGGAUCCAAGCUUCCUUCAUUGACAUUAGGAGCGCUUCGCGAGUACUAUGGGAUUCCAUUGUUGGGUUCAGCUCACAGGGCAAUGUCGGAUGUACACACACUGUCAUUGAUACUGCAAAGGAUGUCUUUCGAUCUGAAGAUGCCCGUGUCGGAUCUCCUAGAUAGGUCUUUCAAGGCAUCAGAACUAACGCGAGUUCUUUCCUAAUUGGAAGUAGCUCUAUAUGUAAUCAUAAAAGAAAAUGCGCAAGUGCCCUUUUGCACUGCCUCAUCUAAUAACUAUUCUUGUAAUGGUAUUCCAAUUCUUUUCAGAGUAAUCUGUUGUUGUACUUCCGCGCAGAUAUU